AUGGCUUUUCGUGGUACGGAAAGCCCUAUGGACUUUGAAUGGCAAGGCCACGGUCCAGUUGACCCUACUUCGCCUUUCCACAAGCACAUCAUGGAUGCACAAGCGAAGAAGCGCAAUCACAGCGAAUUUACUUCUCCCAAGAAAACCGUCUUGCCGUCCUUGCGAGAACCUAACAAUCAACCCUUUUUCUUCUCAAAUGCGCCCACGACACCGUCAUCUUCACCCUUCCGCGCUCCUUCCUUUACGACUCCCCGAAAACCUUUUGACAUUGACUUCUCAUCUGGACCGGAAAAUUCGUCACCUCUCGAACAGACGGACAAUGAUGAUACUCCAGACGGAAAACCAAUCCCGAUUGAAUUUAAGAGCAGCCCUCAGCGGCCAGAGAGCAGGAGAAGCUCAUUAUUCGACCUCUAUGGAAGAUUUGCACCUAGUUCCGGGCGAGGGGAGAUCCGAAAACCGCAUAGCGACUCCAUUGCCAAACGUAUACACAAGAAGCGGCGGCGAGCGCAAAAAUUCGACAAGCAAUUGAUUGUUGGUAGAAGAGAUACCACAGAUGACAGUGACGAUGAGCCUAUACCCAGCCCUACCGAACCACAGAAACCGAGAGUGGAGGAGGUGGGAUGGAUUACUGGGUUGUUUACCUUCAUUCAUACCUACCCUGAUGCGCCAUCGAUUAUUGCAAAGUAUUUACAGGUCUUUUUCAAUGCCGCUAUUCUAGGCGGCUGUCUUUACAUGUUCUGGUCAUUCUACGCCACGAUUCGAGCCGAUGUCGAUCGAGCCAGCGAAGACGCCAUGGCAGAGGUGCUAGCAGAGAUGGCGGCAUGUUCAAAGAAUUACAUCGAGAACCGUUGUGGUGCCGAUACCCGACUGCCAGCGCUGGAAACGGUAUGCAGUAACUGGGAAUUAUGCAUGAACCGUGACCCAAAGGCCGUCAAACGAGCCAGGCUGAGUGCGCACACAUUCGCCGAAAUCUUCAACAGCUUUGUUGAACCCAUCAGUCUGAAAACGAUGAUCUUUACAAUCACCCUCGUUGUUGUGGGAUUGGUCGUCAACAAUGCUACGUUUACUCUGUACCGGCGACAACAAGAGCAUCAGAAUGCAGGCAUGUAUCGACAUCCUUCGGGAUCUUACAUGCAUCCUGCACAGCAAGAUGGCUCGAUGCCCUAUGCUUUGCCCCCAGGAACGCCAUUUGGGCAACCCUAUGUAGGUUGGCAUGGCGACCAGGGAUUUGUCGGGCAACAACAGGCAUUAGAGUAUCAGCGAAGCCCCAGUAAGGAACAUCGAGCACGGAGUAGGAGCCCGGAAAAGAAGGUUGUAUAUUGA